CAUCGCGCCAAACACGGCUCCGCUCCAUGGCCGUCCUCUCCUACGCGGGCGCACGCCACCAACAAUAAAACCCACGCUCGGCCACUCCCAAACCUCAGUUCAUCCACUCCAGUGACUCAGAGCAGCAAGCAAAGGCCAGCGAGCAUCCGAGGGGACGAACAUGGAGAUGGUCUUGGACUGGCGCUCGGUGGGCUCCCUGAUCGCCACCGCCAUGGUGUUCCGCACGGCGCUGCGUGACUUGAUCCCGCCGGAGGCCGAGCGGUGGCUGCGGCUCCUCGUGGCGCGCGUGGCCGCCGCGUUUAGGGGACCCCUGGGCACCAUCCACAUCGACGAGGCCGACCACGGCGCCACCGCGGGCGGCGCCGCCAACGACCUCUACGACGCCGCGCAGCUCUACCUGGGCUCCCGCUGCCUCGCCACGGCCCCCGCCGUGCGCCUCUACAAGCCGCGCCAGGCCAGCCACGCCGUCGCCUCCCUCCCGGACGCGCACACCACCACCGACACCUUCCGCGGCGUCCGCGUCAAGUGGACCUCCACCGCGCGCCCCGCCAACAACAACAACCCCAACCCUUACAACCCCUUCGCCCGGGGCUCCUCCUCCGGCGGGUCCUCGGGCGUCGAGCAGCGGAGCCUGGAGCUCACGUUCCCGCGGCAGCACCGGGAGCUCGUCCACGAGCAAUACAUCGAACACGUCAUCGGCGUGGCCACCACGAUGCGGCUCAAGUCCAGGGAGCGGCGGCUCUACACGAACCGCGCCACGUCACCCGGCGACGAGCACCACAGCCACCGCGGGCUCUGGACCUCGCACGCCUUCGCCCACCCGUCCACCUUCGGCACGCUCGCCGUCGACCCGGCCCUCCGCGACGAGAUCCGGGCCGACCUGACCCGCUUCGCGGGCCGGCGCGAGCACUACGCGCGCGUGGGCCGGGCCUGGAAGCGCGGAUACCUGCUCCACGGCCCGCCGGGCACCGGCAAGACCAGCCUCGUGGCGGCCAUCGCGAACCUCCUCGAGUUCGACGUCUACGACCUGGAGCUCACCACGGUGCCCACAAACUCCCACCUCCGCCGCCUGCUCGUCUCCACCACGCCCAAGUCCGUCAUCGUCGUCGAGGACAUCGACUGCUCCCUCGACCUCUCCGACCGCAACAAGAAGAAGAACAACAACACCGCCAACGAAGACACGGCAAUUCUGUCCCCGGCCGCGGCCAUGGCGGCUGCGGCUGUUGGGAGGGAAUCGAUCAGCCUCUCCGGGGUGCUCAACUUCGUGGACGGGCUCUGGUCGUCCUGCGUGGGCGAGCGGCUGAUGAUCUUCACCACCAACCACCCGGAGCGGCUGGACCCGGCGCUGCUCCGCCCCGGGCGCAUGGACCGCAAGAUCGAGCUCGGCUACUGCACACCCGCCGCGCUCCGCGUGCUCGCCAAGAACUACCUCGGCGUCGGCGUCGGCGACGACCCUGCAGCCUGCGACGACGACGACCCCGGCAUGGUCGACGCUCUGAUGGCCGAGGCGGAGCGCUUGCUCGCCGCCGAUGUGCGCAUCACGCCCGCCGACAUCGGCGAGGUGUUCAUGGGCUGCGACGGCGCAGGCGCCUCCGCCGCGCUGAGGAAGCUCGUCCACGAGCUGCGCCGCAGGGGGGACGCGCCGGCCGUGGAGACGACGCUUGUCCAUUGACACACAGGGUGACGAGAGAUCGACCUGUACUGUACAUAGCUUGCUUGCAUCAAUGGCUCUGGAAUUGCAUAAUCAGCUUCACCAUUUCAUGGUGCUACCGUGGUAAGGUGGUUUAAUUAGUCUGGUAGUUAAUUAAGAUCGAUCAAUGCACGUUAUUAGCACGUACUACGUGUUGGUGUUACUUGUCAUUACUUGAUGUAUAUAUGAUCGAUCUUGUUGUGUACUAUUAACGCUGCAUAACGGAUGGUAAAUUAACCAGGCAAUGCAGUCAGCAACAGGAAAAGUUUCCCCCGUCUAUUAUAAAUCA